AUGAGCGAGUCGACGACAGCGGUACACGGAGCGCGGACGAAAAAUGAUUUAGAUAAGUGAGCGAGUGUUAGGAGAAGACCUCUCGUCGUCGUACACAAUAUUAUUCGAGUGGGUACCAUGUUUUGUGUGUACAUAGGCCUAUUGCGUGUACGCUCCACGCCAAACGAUAAUAUUAUUAUACAUUAUAAUAAGUACGCCAGGCCGGCAGAAACGUGAUCGUUUAUUUUUUUAUUAAUUAUUAGGUGUUAUAAUAUUGGAUUAUACACCUAUUGAGUUUUGGUCUAGUACAAAAAAAUGAACACAUAAAUACGAUCGCUGACAGCCGCCGCCGCCGCCGCCCCGCCGAAGUUUUUCCCGUGUUGCUUGCUCGAUACGUCGCCGCAGAAGCUGAUAACGGACGCAUUAUACCUAUUAUUGUUGAUGUAUAUUAUAUACUUGUAUAAUUAGAAAUUGAUGUUGUUCAGCCCACCGAUAUUUGCCCGGUACUCGGUAGUUCGCAGGAUCAAUCUGAAUCUGGAAAGGAUCUAAAAUGAAGCCGAGAAAAAGACAUUAUUCACGAAGUUCAUACAACAUGCAAGACAGUACCCGACUGGCUUCGUCUACAGCAGAUCUAAGUAUGGAUUUGAGUGGAGAUGAACAUUACAAAAACAAAAGGAAAGGAUCUGCACAUGGUAGCGAUUUUGACGAUGACAACAAUGAUGAUUCAAGGUCUGUUCGAAAUGACAAUAGCAAAAAACAUAAUCACAGUGAAAUUGAGAAGCGUAGAAGAGACAAGAUGAACUCUUAUAUUACCGAGCUAGCUAGUAUGAUACCAAUGUGUCAUACUAUGCCACGAAAGUUAGAUAAACUGUCUGUGCUCAGAAUGGCCGUGCAACAUAUGAAGACAAUCCGAAGCACUGUUAAUUCAUACACUGAAGGUCAUUAUAAGCCUUCAUUUUUAUCUGAUCAAGAUUUGAAAACUUUAAUUACACACGCUGCUGAAGGUUUUGUUCUCGCUGUGAGUUGUGAUCAUGGAAAGAUACUUUAUAUAUCAAAAUCCGUGACUCAGGUUCUGAAUUAUAUACCAGAGGACUUGGUUGGGAAUAAUGUUUUUGACUAUAUCCAUCCAAAAGAUGUAGCUAAAGUGAAAGAACAACUUUCCUGUUCAGACUUUGGUCCUAGAGAUAAAUAUAUCAAUGCUAAUACAAUGUUACCGGUGCGUGCUGAAAUGAUGAAUACAUUGUCAAAAAUGUGUAGUGGAGCUAGGAGAUCAUUCUUUUGUCGAAUGAAGUGUAAAGUAUAUGAUAUAAAAGAAGAAGCAGACACAACUACUGGAUCAAAGUACACUCAAUCAGAUAAACGAUACAAUGUAAUUCAGUGUACUGGUUACUUAAAACCCUGGACACAGAUGAAUGAAUGUGAGGAUGGAUCUGGGAAAAGUUUGGGAUUAGAAGAAGACAAUGAUGGUAAUGGCGUUGGAGCGGAUACUGGAUCUGCAAACAAUACAUCGUGUUUGGUAGCUGUUGGUAGAAUAAUUAAUAAUUUGGCUUCCUCUUCACUUUUAUCGGACAUAGUAAAACCGCCAUGUUUCACUUCAAAACACACAAUCGAUGGAAAAUUUCUGUCUGUGGAUCAAAGGGUCACAUAUAUAGUUGGGUUUUUGCCUCAAGAAUUAUUAGGUACCAGCAUGUAUGAAUACUUUCAUCAAGAUGAUAUUGCUAGACUUGUAGAUGUCCAUAAAGCAACACUUCAAGAGUGUACGCCAAAAGACACAGAGAUUUAUAAAUUUCGGGCUAAAAACAAAACAUUUGUAAGCUUACGGAGUGAAUGGAAAAGUUUUCGGAACCCUUGGACUAAAGAUAUAGAAUUUAUUGUUGCGAAUAACAUUUUGACUAGAUCAGAUUUCAAAUCUGAUAGCAGCAACAAAUCAGAGUGCUCUUCACAGGGGCAAUCGCAAAACAACUAUGAUAGUUUUACAGAACAACAGUUGUCAAAAAGCCAACAGCAGCUGGGUAAUAGAGAAAUACAAAACUUGAUUACUUCACAUAUAGAAGCAAACAAAAUCGGAAGGCACAUUGUUGAUACUACUUUGGAUGUAAAGAAGUCAACUUGUGAUAUCGACAGUUCUCCUCCACACUCUUUAAAGGAUACAAAAGAAAAAGUAGAGUCCAACAAUGACCGUUUACAGUUUCUGAGUUCACCGCUGGCGAUGCUCAACGAACCAAGCACGUUGUCGAGUAAUGGAGGUGACGGCGGCAGUGGAGAUACAGUUUCAUCGUACACCGCGAUCCAGGACAGCGUAAAUCUGUUGAACUCGACCAAUACCAAUAGUGACCCGGAGAACAUGCUAGGUGAAAUAAUGACACCGUCUCCACAACAGUUGUCUAAUUUGGGUACUAACGACGAAGCCGCUAUGGCCGUCAUAAUGAGCCUCUUGGAAGCGGACGCCGGACUCGGUGGACCAGUUGAUUUUUCCGGGUUACCAUGGCCUCUGCCUUAACGCGUAUAAUAAUGAUUCAAUCAAUUAUUAGUUUUUCGUGCAGCGGGAUGUAGUAUUAUUUUUUCAUAUUAUUCAAUAUAAGCUAUGUUAAUUAUUUGAAUUAUAUAAAAUUUGAUUUUGAGAAAAUCAACUAAAGAGAUUUGUUUUUAGCUAAUUAUUUAUUAUAUUAAGACCUUUGUACGCUUUCUAUAACUAACCCACUUAGGAGUUAAUACAAACUAUGAACUCAAAAUUAUAAAAUAUGUUCAAUGAAAAGCUUAUUGACAUUACUUAUUUUUUUUUUUAGUGCUUCUUAAUUUUUAGUAUAAACUAUUAUAACUUGACAAUUGCUUAUAUAAUAGUGAGAAAUACACAUAAUUUAUUGACUUAUGUUUUUAUUAUUAUCUUUUAUUAGAUUUGUACAAAAUAUUGUAAACGUGUGUGUUUAUGUUUUUUUUGUAAUUUUAUUUUAUUCAAAUGUUUUCUUUUUUACGAGAUUUAAAUUUACGGAUUGACUGUAGUUAAAUAUUAUUGUUAUUUGUUCAUAUUCAUCGCAGAUAUUUUUUACUUACAUUUAUCUUCCUAUAUGUUUUAUUUAGAAUUAAUUAUUUUACUUUCUAGCUAUAUUAGUUUCACUGUUUUUAACUGGACUGUUAUUUUUUUUUUUUUAUUCAAAGUGUACCUAUUUUAUUUAAAAUAAAUGUCGUGUACGUCUGGACGGUACGUUUUG